CUAUUAAUAUUAUUUUUAUUUUAUCAUCCUAAAACAAAACUACCUAUGCAAAGCUGCGUGAAGAAGAGAGUGACGCAUGUAGUAGAAUCGUCCUUCUCCAACAUCUCAAUUCAACACGAUAGCGUUGGUGGAAAGAGAGAGAGCAGCCGAGUUAUCUUCAAUUUAAGGCAACAAUGGUUGCUGGCAAAGUAAAAUCCGUAAUGGGGCUUCAGAAAUCAGCCGCGCCACCAAAGCCCAAGCCCGACGCCUCCGCCAGGCCGCCGUGGUCUUCCGGCAAGCAGCAGAAGGCCUCCGCCGCCCCCUUCUCCCGCUACUUCCCUCGCGCGUCCGCUCAGGUCCAGCCCCGCCCCCCCGACGUCUCCGAGCUCCUCCGCCUCGUCGAGGAGCUGCGAGAGAGCGAGUCCCGCUUGAAGACCGAGCUCCUGGAGCAGAAGCUCGUCAGAGAGUCCGUCGCCAUUGUCCCCGUUUUGGAGAGCGUCAUCUCCAACAAAGACUCCGAAAUCGAACUCUCUAGAAGGAAGAUCGGAUGCUUGGAAGCCGAGAACGAGCAGCUCAGGAGCGACAACGAGUUUCUCCACAUGGAACUAUCCAAACAAAAUCAGAUAUACGAAGAGAAGAUCCGAUACAUGCAGGCCGAGCUAGCUGAGAUCAAGAUAGCCGUUACCGAGUACGAGGAGGCCUCGUCUUCAUCCACGGCGGCCGUGAAGCCCAGCGACGCUCGUAAACCAGACAUACCUACCAAGUGUUUGAGAAAAUGCGCGGCUCAAAUUACUAAUAAAACCGAAACUGACGCGAGGAGAGACGAAAUCUGUGAGAGGAAUCCAGCGGCAACGGGGAAUUCGGAGGAGAUUCCAGAAGCUUCCGAUGUAUUUAUCGGGAUAAGAUCACGUGCCCCGCGCGUGCCGAAACCGCCUCCCCGGCCGUCCGCGUCGCUUCUCUCGAUGGUUCGUUCAUCUUCUCCCGAAUGUUUGUCAUCCGUCUCGUUGCCUUCUUACGGGUCCUUGUCCGAUUCAGCGCACCGCGCAUUAUCGGAGAUUUCCAAUCCGCCGCCUCCACCUCCCCCGCCGCCUCCGAUUAGAGGCUCCGCUCCGUCACUGCCAAAGAAAGCGGCAGCGGCGCCUCCUCCUCCUCCUCCGCCUCCGAAAAGGGGGUCGAAUCCGUCGCCGGCGAAGGUCAGGAGAGUUCCGGAGGUGGCUGAGUUUUACCACUCUCUAAUGCGGCGGGACACCACUUGCCGGAAGGACUCCGCCGCCGGCGAUCCGCAGGCUGCCGGUGCAACGGCGAAGGACAUGAUCGGCGAAAUCGAGAACCGCUCAGCUCAUUUACUAGCCAUUAAGACUGAUAUAGAGACUCAAGGGGAUUUCAUAAGGUUCUUGAUUAAAGAAGUUGAGGCUGCAGCAUUCACUGAUAUUGAGGAUGUUGUGUCUUUUGUCAAAUGGCUUGAUGAUGAGCUGUCUUACCUGGUGGAUGAGAGAGCAGUGCUGAAACACUUUGAGUGGCCUGAAAAGAGAGCUGAUGCGUUGAGAGAAGCUGCAUUCGGUUACUCUGAUCUGAAGAAGCUGGAAUGUGAAGUCUCGUCGUUUCGCGACGAUCCUAGGCAACCUUGUGCUCAUGCUCUCAAGAAAAUACAGUCUUUGUUUGAGAAAUUGGAGCAUGCUGUGUAUAAUUUGUCGAGAUUGAGAGAGUCAGCGACGGACAGGUACAAAGGUUUCCACAUUCCUGUGGACUGGAUGCUCGAUUCCGGUUAUGUUAGUCAGAUCAAGCUGGCGUCCGUGAAAUUAGCAAUGAAGUACAUGAAGAGAGUGUCGGGGGAGCUUGAAAUGGCUGGUGGCAUCCCCGAAGAAGAAGAGCUCAUAGUUCAAGGUGUCAAGUUUGCUUUCCGAAUACAUCAGUUUGCGGGCGGUUUUGAUGUGGAAACUAUGAAGGCUUUUGAGGAGCUGAGGGAUAAAGCUCGACUUUGUAACGUGCAGUGCCAAACACAGCAGCAGCAGCAGAAGUAUGUUUCGAGGUCCUGUGCGUCGGCUGUUUGUCUGUAGACUAGAUGAUUGCCGCUAUUUUUUUUGUGUAAAAUAGGGUUGAAGAUAGGGUGAGGAUGUGAAUAUGAUUGGCGGUUUCAGCUGCAUUAAUUUUGUGCAAACUUAUUGAUGUAUAAGCUUCAACUAUUUAAAAUAUAACACUAUGAUUUGAAUGAAAUUUAUUUGAAGAUAAAAUUAAUUUGGAGUGA